CACCAUGGACCUGUUACCCCGCAGCCACACAGAAUUCAGCUCGGCUGACUACUGGGACAGGUUCUUCAAGAAGAGGGGAGAGAAGGCGUUUGAAUGGUAUGGAGAAUACCCAGAGUUGUGCGGAAUCCUCCACAAGUACAUCAAGCCUCAGGAACAGGCGCUGGUUGUCGGGUGUGGCAACUCUCGGCUCAGCGAGGAUCUCUAUGACGUGGGUUACCGCGGGCUGACCAACGUGGACAUCAGCGACGUGGUGGUGAGGCAGAUGACGGAGAGGAAUGCGGAGAAACGGGCGGAAAUGAAGUUUCUACAGAUGGAUGUCAUGCAGAUGGAUUUCCCAGACUCCAGUUUCAGCGCGGUGCUGGACAAGGGCACGCUGGACGCCCUGAUGCCUGACAGCUUAUCAGAGACCCAGGAGAGGGUCACGCGGAUGUUUGACGAGGUCGGCAGGGUCUUAAAGGUCGGAGGUCGCUACGUCAUCAUCACCCUGGCUCAGGAACACAUCCUGAAGAAGCUCAUGCAGUACUUUCCUCAGGAAGGCUGGAUCACCAGAGUUCACAAGGUGUCGGACAGUGACAGGGAGACGUCUCAGAAGGAGAUGCCUCUUCCUGUCUUCAUCUUCGUCUUUACCAAGUUCAGGAAGAUGCCACAGAUGAACAAGAUUUUAGAGGUGUGUUUAGAUGGCACAGACACCAUGCAGAGGCUGUCCUGUGAGGAGGAUGUGGUGAAAGCUGUGAAGGAGAGACAACAUUACGCCAUGCUGAGACAACAGCUACAGAACAGAGGACUAGAGGGAGAGACAGUGUCCCUAGAGUUGUUCUCCAGUAGCAGCAGCUCUUCUGUACCCAAAUACAUCCUGCACAUCGUGGAUACAGACACAGUCAGGGCUGCUGACAGGCAGUUCGCUGUCUUUAUUGUCCCUCAGGGAAGGGAGGUAGAGUGGCUGUUUGCUACAGAUGAUGGUCGGAGACAGCUGGCAGAGACCGCAGGGUUCAGGAGACUGGUGGUGGUCUCCCUGCAGAGGGAACAUCCGUAUGAGACCAUGGCUGAGAUACAGAAGGAACUGUCAGCCAAGGUCAUGGAGCUGGCACCUCCGGGAUUUAACAGGAAAAUACAGGUCCCCUUCCUGUCAGUAGGCCAGGAUAUUGGUACCAGGACCGUGUGUUACGAGGGUACCAGCGACUUCAGCGGUCCAUACAUAGUGGAGGAUGUGGAGGGGGAGGAGGGAGUCAUCUACAGAAACCUCAUCUUUCUGUCCAACAGGAACGCUGUGCAGUCUCAGGCCAGGAUGGUGCAAGAGAACCUUCCCAAGAAGAAGGGCCGACGCAGAGCAGGGAAGAAACUGGUGGUGGAUUUUGGGUACCUGGCCUGUCAGCAUCACAGAGUCAUGGUGGCUGGACUGGGCUGUCUGCCUAAUGUUAGGGAACUAAUGGACAGGAGACUGGAUGUUGUGUUGGUGGGUCUGGGUGGAGGUGGUCUUCCUCUGUUCCUACACAAACACUUCCCAAAAAUCCAGAUUGAUGUAGUGGAGCUGGACCAGUCCAUUCUGCAGGUUGCAGAGGGGUGGUUUGGGUUCCAGCAGGAUGACAGGAUGAGGGUACACAUCGCUGAUGGACUGAUCUACUUGGAGGAGCAGGCAAAACAAGCCAGCAGCAGUUCCCAUGUGGUGAUCCUUGAUGUGGACAGUAAGGAUGUUACCACAGGGAUGAGUUUCCCUCCACAGCCAUUUGUCGAGAAGGAGUGUUUGAAAAACAUCAAGGACAUCCUACAUGAGGAUGGUUUGUUUAUCCUGAACCUGUCGUGUCGUAACAUGACCCUGCGGGCAUCAGUCGUCGAAACCGUCAGGUCUAUAUUUCCCAGGAUCCUCAGCAAAAAGAUCGAGGAUGAAGUGAACGAAAUUCUCUUCUGUUUUCCUUGCGAGAAGGACGUUCAUGAGAGCGGUGACGCCAUACGCACAGCGGAUGUUUCCUUGGAGGAGCUGGGUAAUCUUAAGGAGUCUAUAGGAGUUAUUCAGAAGGUGGCAAAGGGCUGUUCCCAGAGAUGGGACCAGACUCUGGAGUUAACAGAACAGUUGGAGGGGCUCAAGCUGGUGUGAUGUUAAGUCACAACAAAGUUGAUUAUUGAAGGAAAAAACCACAAAAGGACCACAGAAGUUAGAAUUCUGUUCAAAAAUGAAUUUGAUUUUGUAAUCUAAAAAUGUGACAGUUCAAAACAAUUCUGGUGUUGCCCCAACAGUAAAUCCAAAAGUUAAGUAUUUGUAAAUCUACUGUCCAGCAGUAUACUGUAAAUGCAUUUAAGUUCGCGGGGAUUUAAUUUUGCGGUAGCAGGAUAGAAAAAGGCUUUUUCGCGGUGAUUU